GAGGAAGGAAGCGAGAAGAGGGGCGGGCCCAAGAGUAGGCGCGGAAAAAUGACGCCAGCGGCUGCGGCGCCUUUUGCUUAGGUAGGAGCGUGGUCGUCUCCGCAUCGCGUGAAACUCAGUUGCGUCAGUGUCACUCGACUUCUGAGAUUGUUUCAUCUCGUGGGCCUUUUGGAACCGCCAGAAAGCCGGCACCAUCAUGCCCAAGAAUAAAGGUAAAGGAGGUAAAAAUAGGCGUAGAGGUAAGAAUGAGAAUGAAUCUGAAAAAAGAGAAUUGGUCUUUAAAGAGGAUGGCCAAGAGUAUGCUCAGGUAAUCAAAAUGUUGGGAAAUGGACGCUUAGAAGCAUUGUGUUUUGAUGGUGUAAAGAGGUUAUGUCAUAUCAGAGGAAAACUGAGAAAAAAGGUUUGGAUAAAUACCUCAGACAUUAUCUUGGUUGGUCUUCGAGACUAUCAGGAUAACAAAGCUGAUGUAAUUUUAAAGUACAAUGCUGAUGAAGCUAGAAGUCUGAAGGCAUAUGGCGAGCUUCCAGAACAUGCUAAAAUCAAUGAAACAGAUACAUUUGGUCCUGGAGAUGAUGAUGAAAUUCAGUUUGAUGACAUUGGAGAUGAUGAUGAAGACAUUGAUGAUAUCUAAAUUGAAUUUAAAGUUUCAGAGUAUUUGUUCCAUGGUUUGGAUUUUGGCCACCACCUGUUAAGAAGACUAAAACUUCAGGAUAAUUGCAGUUUGCUAAGACACUGAUUUGUUUUCAUUGUUCUUAAGUCUUUAUUGUUCUCUUUAAAUGAGCUGUUAACACUUUAUUCUUUUGAUGCAAUGGAAUUUAGGGAUAAAAGAUCACAAGCUCUACUGUUAAAACAUAGUAAAGAGGAGGAGAGAGAAUGGAUAAAGUAAAUGUUUUUCCAGUUAAUGAAUGUUUUGACUAAAUUGUUUUAUCUUUAUGGUCAGUGAUAAGUCCUAGUUCCAAGUAAUUUUUUUCAGUCAUUCAGUAUGUUACCUAGAUGUUCUCUUUAAUUUUUGAUAAAAAUUUGAGGAAGUUAGAAAUUUACAUUUGAAGUUAAGAAAAGGGGCUAUUUUUUAAUAUUUCUAUAGCUGGGUACUAUAUUUUCAACUAUGAUAACAUUCUUUUCAUCAUCUCAUGCUGUCUUAAAUACCUAGCAUUUAUAAACUGCUUAUUUUAGAACUUGAGCAUGAGUAGCAAUUUUUAAUUUAUAAGAUGAAUAGUUGCAAAAAUUCACUGCUAGAUAGUAACUCAAAAUUGGAACUACUGAUAUACUAGUCGAAAGUGGGUUUUUUUUACCUUAUGAUUACAAAUUUUCUUAAAUAUCAUAAGACAACUUUUAAUGGUAAAUAAGAACAGUUUGUACUAUACUAAAAAGUUGUUAAAACAUGUCAUUUUAUUUUCAAAACUCAUGCAUUUGUAACCUAUAGUUUAGGGCUUUAUGAACAAUUAAAUUACAAUGUAUAAAUGAAAAAUUAAUUUUAUAAUAAACUGGUAUAAGGAAAAGGAAGGGACCACAGCUAAGAAAUUUAAUAAAAUGCCCAUUGGGUAUAUUUUGGCCUUA